CUCGGUAUCUCCUUCUGCCUCCUCCACCCCCAAAUCAAAUGCAGUGUUGCUCUUCAGCCCGGAGAAACGAAAAUAGAAUUGCAGCUUUAGGGAAGUGUACGUUGAAAAGAGCCCGCCCGUGCCAUUGUCCAAUCUAUAAACGGCCUCGGGGAUCUGAUCCUGGCACUCCUUCCACAAGCGCUCCCCUUGGAUUCCAUCAGAGGGGGGCGUCAGAAGCCCAGGAUCGGGUCCUGGGUUAUGAGCUAGCUAGACGGGAGCUGCCGACCCAUGUUUUGUUUUUGAGGCUCGUCUUACAGUACAUAGUACAGUACUGAUGCAAUCCAAGGCUCUCUGCAAAGGGAAAUGUUAUGUGUGAGUCACAUAUAAACCACAUUCCCCCAGGCUCCCUCCCUCAUUCCUUGUCUCCCAUACCCCUGCUAAAAGUCUCUAAAGGAUAUCGGUAUUAAAGUUGGAUGGCUUUGUGGAAAUAUUAAUUCUGAAUGACUGGAGCGGCGCCGUGGAACUCAGAAGUGACAGUAGUACUGGCUGCCCCCUGGGAAAAAAAUGAAACAAAAUGUGCUGAGACAGCAGCACUGCUUGUUUCUUCGAGAAAGGAUGCACGGCAUUUUCUGGAGGAAUUGCCCCCAAAUUUGGCUGUAGAAAUGUGCUGAUUUAACCAGCAGAUGCAAAGGUCUUAUCCAUAUCAAAUUGGAGAUGGCAGAAAUUGGCUCGCAAGCAAACAUCAAGGAAAAGAUCAAUGCGGUGCGAUCAAUUGUACCCAACAAAAGCAACAAUGAAAUAGUGCUGGUGCUACAGCAGUUUGAUAACAACGUCGACAAAGCUGUACAAGCUUUUGUGGAUGGCAGUGCACUUCAAGUUCUAAAAGAAUGGAAUAUGUCAGGGAAAAAGAAGAACAGCAAAAGGAAAAGAAGCAACCCUAAGCAGCACUUCCAUAGUAGAGAUAUGAAAGGAAAAGAAGAUGGGAGAGAAAAGCUGUCGUCUCUGGAAUCCCAAGGAUUACAUGGCUGCCACCUGAAUGGCUGUAAUAAGGAGAUUUCCCCCAGCGAACCUGCCAGUGAAAAACCGAAAGCAAUCCCUCAAGAACCAAAGAGCUUUGAAGGCAAGGACAGGGGAGAGGCAAAACCAGAAACCGCAGACCAAAAGGCAGACCAAAAAACCAUACCUAUAGAAGCAGGAAGAAAAUAUGCAAAUAGCGUACCGCUGCCUGAUCCUUUCCAGUCCUCCCACCCAUCUCAGUGCAGUGUUGGUAGGCUGAAGGCAAAGACAUCCGUGGUUAAGCCGUCUGUCCCCACAGCCCAUCUUGAAAUAAAACCAGAGGAUUCAGUCAAGAAAAGAGGUCCGAACAUUGAAAAAUCUGUAAAAGAUCUUCAGCGGUGCACUGUUUCUCUGACAAGAUACCGCAUGAUGAUUAAAGAGGAGGUGGAUAAUUCUGUGAAGAAGAUUAAAGCCGCCUUUGCAGAACUACAUAGCUGUAUCAUAGACAAAGAAGUCUCUUUAAUGGCAGAAGUUGACAAAGUUAAAGAGGAAGCCAUGGAAAUCUUAACCGCUCGUCAGAAAAAAGCUGAAGAAUUGAAGAGGUUAACAGAUUUGGCUAGCCAAAUGGCAGAGUCUCAGUUGGCUGAACUGAGGGCUGAAAUUAAGCACUUUGUAAGCGAGCGUAAAUAUGAUGAAGAAUUGGGAAGAUCUGCCCGCUUUUCCUGUGACAUAGAACAGCUGAAGACUGAGAUUCUGCAGUGCGGAGAACUUUCUCACCCAAAGAACAAUUAUUCCUCAAGAACACCAUCCGGCCCACUGCUGCAGUCGACAUCUUUGCGCACAACAACCAGCAUACCAAACACAUACAUCCAAAAGUCUUCAAAUCGAAUUCGUGCCAAGACUCCUGAUGGCAAAGCAGCAACACCUAAAGUCUCCAGCCAAGUUAGCACAAACACCACAGAAUCCUCUCCUCAGACCAUUUCAACAAACAAACAGAAUGCAGCUUCUAGCCACAGGCGGAGAUUUCACACGCAGUAUCAUGGAAUUCGGCUCAAUGGACCGCUUAAGUCUCCAAGUGCCAUUAACGAGUCAGAUCAGAACAGCACAAAAGGCAGCCCUCGGCAGGAAUACAGAAGACAGCACCAUAAUAGUUUCCGGUCAAAAAACAAAGGCACUUUUAAAACCCAAGAGCAUUCUGCAGCAGCAAAAAGCAUGGAAACUGUAACGUAUCCAGAGAAAACAAGGCGAAAGCAUCCUGUGCCAGGCCCCACAGAGCCCAGGCCUUUAUGCAGCAAUAUUACAAGGGUUUCUCAGUGCAACUUACGUCCUGCAAGAAUAGAAACCUCCACAGAGGCCCCUGUCCUUUCAGUGCCAGCUGUGACACUGGUGGCAUGAGGAUUGGAAAGACAGACGACUAGCAAAUGUAAUGCAUUUUCAUAUUUAAGUUUCUCACUAAAGGUGCUUUCUUUUUAUUCCAAAUACUGUACACAAAAAAAAAAGCUUGUGUAGAAUACUACAAUCGUGGUAAACCAAACUUACUGGGGGUUUUCUAAACCACAGUAAUCUGCCAUAUCUCAUUUCAUACUAUAAAGGCUUUGCUCAAUAUACUCGAUAUUGUUUUUUCUCAUAACAAUGCAGCUUUUAGCUAGCUAGUGCCUAGUAAAACAAUGAAAUUCUUGUUAAAAAUAAAUGGCAGGAGGAUGUCAAUAUAGAUAAUGUGUUUGUUACUGUCCAAAAGGUUGGUAUUAGGGUAAUCCUGGCAUUCCUAUUGUUGGUCUGCAAUCAAGAUACUUGUGUUCAUAUAAAAUUGCUCUUAACUAUUUCCAUUUUAUAUGGACCCCAAAUUGUUUGUGCAGAACGAACCUCAUGGUUCAGUUUGAUGUAACUGAGUUUUUAUAGCCUGAAUGAUUGUCAAGAUGAGUCCCAAAUACUAGCUAACAAACGGCAUAUUAAUAUUUUUCUGUGCUGUGCCACUUGUACAAGAUUGGGUAAGAUAUAAAUUUUGAACUGAAAAAGUAAGAGUAAGUUUUCUAGCUUCUUAAAUCCUUUUCAAUUAUCUUUGCAGACUAAAAAUCAGACACGUUUCAGUCUGAGAUUCUUUUAUUUUCUUGUUCAUCGCUGUAGACAUCCCUUCCUUAUUUAAGCACUAUUGGCCACAAACCUGUAUGGAGUUGUAUGCACUUGAUUUCUUUGGGUUUCAUCCUAUACAAUUGAUUGUUGAAUUAUGGCCUGUGUGUCUUGCAAAUCUGACAGGAUACCAUGUAUAUCAUACCUGAGCACAUGCAAAAUCCCAGGCUUAUAUUUUAAAACAAGCUCACAGCUUUAAAUAGCCCAAGACUGUACUUCGGAAAAAAUAUUCCCCCUUUUUAUUAAAAAACAAACAAUUUUA